UUUUGCGAUGGCGGUUCUCAGAAUUCGCUAAAUCCUUGGACUUGCGAUUUGUUUUUCUGGCUUUUACUUUCACGUUUCAAGCUUCCUAAAGCCUCGUGCGUCGUUCUUAUGGAUGUAAAACGGAAGGAAUGACUGGUUCCGAUCGUGUCUCGUCGAAGAUAAUGUCCAAAACCUUCGACUGUUUUGAAAGAUAAAUAAUGCAUAUUGAGUCUUAAUUUGACACUCCGGCUGGAAAUAGGGAAUUGUCUAUUUUUGAGAAAAUGAAUGAACUAGGUGCAUUAAAGCAGUAAGAUCACUUGGAAAUGGAAAAUUCUGACAUCGCUACAGAGUCGUCCGAGGAGAGGAAUCCUAUUGGAACCCCCAAUAACGCAGGAGACUUGCAUCAGAAAGAAGAAUUGCCUACGAAUUCCCAAACUGAAGCGACACAGGAAGGAGAAGGGAAAAGUGUUCCCCACAAGAACAGAUCCAAGGCAGCUAUGACGGAGGAUAAAAAGGAGGGGAAUGAAGAAUCAAAUGAGAAUCAGAGAAGUCUAGAAGAUUUGUUAAAGAUAAUAGAAGAGCUGGAGUCUCAACAUUUUAUAGUGCAAGAUGACAAAGUAAAGGAUCCAAAUGAGGGCUCAGAGGGUCCCUUUUACUGUGAGCUAUGCAAACUAAAAUUGGCAGGUUUAAAAAGGUGUCAAGAACAUGUGAGAACCAAGGGUCACAAGAGAGCAAAGAAGACCAAAGGAGAGUUUUUUUCACUCACACGGAUUACCCCACCUUCCAAACAUCAAACUUUGGCUCUCAGCAAGCUUCUUGACUCUGUUUUCUUACACCAUGGAUUGUCCCCUGAUAAAGAUCUACCUUUGAGGGAUGAGGUAGCAAAAGAUGUCCAUAAGGCUGUGUGCACUAAGUUUCCAGAAUGUAGAGUGUUGCCUUAUGGAUCUUCCCUCACUGGAUUUGGUCUGAAGGACAGCGAUGUGAAUCUUGAUCUUGUCAUUCCAGAUGAGCUCAGUGUGCCUCAUGUUCUCCUGUCAAUGUUGGAGCUAUUUCAAAAAGACGACAAAUACUGUGAUGUGAAAAGUGAAUUUGAUGCCGAGGUACCUCGGAUAUUAUUCAGACAUCUUUCAAGUGGACUUCUUUGUGAACUCAGCGCUGGAAAAAUGCAUGCUUCCAAGACUAGCUGCUUGUUGAAGAAGUACUGUGAUGCUGAUUCUCGCGUCCACAAGUUGGUUGUGGGCCUACGUUACUGGGCAAGGAUUUGUAGCAUUGACUGUCAAUCAGAGGGAGGCUUACCAGGGUACUCUAUGGCUCUGAUGGUGAUUCAGUUCCUACAAGUGACAAAGCCCCCAGUUCUUCCUACAUGGGCACCACAUGAGGCAAUUGACGAAGUUAACCAAAAAGCCGCUGAAAACUUUGUUAGUGAGAAUCAAGAAGAGAUUGGAACACUGUGGUAUCAGCUUUUUAGGUUUUACUGUAUUGAGUUUGAUUUUCCAAAUCUGGCGAUUUCCAUCAAGGAUCCACGGCCUGUCAAAAGAGAAGAUAAAAAAUGGGGUCAUCGUAGGAUAGCAAUGGAAGAUCCUUUUUCUACCAAGCGGAACGUUGCUUUGUCAUUACGUAGCAACAGAGGUAUGACUUUUUUAGCUCUACCUUUUUUUUUAGUCCUGUAUUGUUUUAUUGUUAACAUCUUUGUCGAUUUGUUUUUCUUGGAAGGGUCAAAUACGGAGAUACGAAAUACAAGUUCUAAAUCACCCCACAAGAAGAACGACAGUAAAUCAGUGAAAACUAAGAAGCAGGAGAGCAAAGCCGCUGCUGUUGACGAGGAUAUUUUUCAAAUGGAUGACUUGGAUCCUCUGACCACACAAAUGCGCUCUAUGGAUGUUUCUAGCAAUGACUGCGAAGAUGGAGGUUUCUCUCAAAGACAAAUCAAAAAGAAAGGUUCUAGCUUAAAAAGCAAGGUUCAAGAUGACGCGGAAAUUGAAGUUGAAAUAAGUUUGAGUGGAUCUAAAGAGGACGAUAACAGAAACUCCAAAACUGACUCAGAGGAACAAGCAUGUGGUGUUGCAGACAAAAGUAAAGACAUUGUUUACAGAUUUGAUGCCAAGAUUUUCCAAGGAAACAUUAAACCAGUCAAAACCUGUUGCAUUUGCAAAAAGGAUGGUCAUGUCAAGGAUCGGUGCCCAGAUAUGCAGAAGCCAUUUCUGAUAGCACUGCCGCCAAUGACGCCAAUGUUUGCUAAAGUGUUAGAUUCUUUUUGCCAGACUUGUAGAGCUGAUUUUGAACUUAAAAAAUCAGAAGUAUCCAACAGAGAGGAGGUGUUAAGGAAUUUGGAAAGCUACAUUAAUAAGCAGUAUCCAGAAGCACGACUAUUUUUGUUUGGUUCCUCCAAAAAUGGCUUUGGUUUUCGCAACAGUGACAUUGAUAUUUAUUUUAGUAAGAAACACUCACAAGCUAGUUUUCAGAGAAGUGCCUGGAAUCCAAAGGAUAGGAACAGUUUCAGCGUGGGUCUCUUGUGGUAUGACUUUUUAAGAUAUUAUACCGAAGAAUUUGACUUCGAACAUGACGUGGUUUGUUGCAGAAGGACGAAAAAGUUGACCAAAUUUGAAAAAAUGUGGACCAAACACGAGUUUGCAAUUGAGGACCCUUUCAAUCUGGACCACAACUUGGGCGCGGGCGUGACAAAGAAGAUGGCGAACUAUAUUCUGACCACGUUUAUCAGAGGACGUGAACGCUUUGGAGUUCCACAAUGUGAUAUACCAAAACAGUCUUUGCGGCGGUACUUCUUUCAAGCUCCAAGUGACUCCGAGUGUGGUAAAAUAGGCCAUAUUGCAAAAGGUUGUCCUCUUGCUAAGGCUAACCGACGUGCAGAGCAAAGGAAGGAAAAGGAGGAAAGGAAAUUGGGGAAAGAAGCAGGCGAGAAAAUGAACGUGAAACAGAUGCCCUUUGGUGCAGGCUCCGUACGUCCAAGAUCUGCUUCUGCACCAAGCAAAGAGGGACUAAACAAGAAUGUUGACGACAGUAUGCAUCUGCCAUCUAAACCAUCUCGCCAAGGUGCUAAGGCUUCGGAUGUUAUACUUCUCUUAAAAUCUCAACCAGAUUCCCAAGAUCUUUCGUCUCCUCCAAAGGGGAGCAGGGGCAUCCAGUCGAGAGGAGUCGCUGAUAAGCUAUUUGAAAUACCAAAUAUGAAAAUACCUGACGAUACUCUUCUGCAGGGCUCUCCCAGUGUGCAUUCAGCUACUCCAGAGACUUUGGUGGAAUCAAAAGAAGGUAUAUCCCAACCCAUACAGACAAGCCACAUCUCUGUUGCCCCAGGACAGAGUAUGCCACAGUCACAAGGAAACAGUUUACAGCAUACCAUCGGAACACACAUGACAGGAGAACAGUUUAUCAGCCUCUUCCGGGCUGCUGAAGAAGAGGUAAAGAAAGAAGACAUUCCCCCAACGAAUCCCCCUGCAAAUGAUGAGUUUGAGUCUAUGGGCCUGCACAUUGCUCCAAAGAAUUUGAAAGCUGCCAAGACACCAGAAGAACACCAGUUGUUAUCCAAGCUGAGCAAAGUGAAGAGCCUAUGGGAAGGCAACGCUACAGCUGAAUUGCAAAGCAGUUGCUCAGCUCCAGUGCCAGUAAAGGAAUUGAAUUCCAAUGGGCAUACUGAACUACAAGAAUCAGAAGAUGCGAUUGCUUCCUUCCAAGACACCGAGGUAACUGUAAAAGAGGAAACAUGUACAACUGUUACCGAGAAUGUGAUUAGAAAAAAAGAUGAAGGAAUGAUGGUGGAUAAAGUUGAUAGUACAGAAAGUGUUUCUGAAAAGCCAAAUGGAACGGCUCCGUCGACCCAAGGGCACAAUGAAGUCGCUUCCAGAAGGGUGAGCACAGAGGAACAACACUUAUCUACCCAUGAGGUUACUUUGAAAGGUAAAUCGGAGGCAAAUGCGACUACAGUAGACAAAGGUGAGCGGAAGAGAGCUGAGGAACAAGAAGAACCCAUUGAAACUUCCGCUACGCAGGUAGAUGCCCCCAGGAAAAAGAACGCUAGACGUGGCCGUCGUGGAAGAAAGGCCAAGACACAAAGACAAAACGAAGUUAUUGAGAGUCCUUUAAACGAGCAGGAGAAAACCGGGGAUGAUGGCACAAAAGAAAGAAAGAAUACUCAGGUGCAAAAUCAACGUCAGAAGAAUCGCGUCGAUUUCAAAGUUGAUGCUGCAAUGGAUUCUCCUUCGUCUUCAUCCAAAAGACCUGGAUCUGAACGCGCCGAAGAAAAACAGAGUGGAUCCUCUAGAGAAGGUCCUCGCCACGGUGCCGAGUCAAGUAAAAAUUCUACUCCCAAAAAGCUUCGAUAUGAACGCUCCAAAGUAAAACCGACUGACUCUCCAAGAGACCCUUUUGGCCGAGGUGCUGAUUCAAAUCAAAUUUCUACGCCUAAAAGGCCGAGAUCUAAACGCCCCAAAGAAAAACCGAGUGAAUCUUCCAGGGACCUUCCUCGCCGUGAUGCCGAGUCAAAUAAAAACACUAGGCGUGGAUCUGAACGCUCCGAAGCAAAAUCUAAUGAAUCCUCAAUAGACGAUUUUCGCCGUGGUGCUGAGCCAAGUCAAAUGUCAACACCCCAAAAGCCUAGAUCGGAGCGUUCUGAAGAAAGACCGAGUCAAUCCCCCGGGGACGAUCCUCACCGUGGUGCCGAGUCCACACUGUCUUCGAAUAAACACAAAGAGUCAUCUUCAAGUAAGAAAGAGCCUGGAAAGAGAGCACCACAGGAAACCAAGAAAGACCCUGAAAAGAGAGCACCACAGGAAACCAAGAAAGAACCUGGAAAGGGAGCACCACAGGAAACCAAGAAAGACCCUGAAAAGAGAGCACCAUAGGAAACCAGGAAAGAACCUGGAAAGAAAGCACCACAGGAAACCAAGAAAGACCCUGAAAAGAGAGCCUAAUUAUAAUAAUAAUAACAAUAAUAAUAAUAAUAAAUUUUAUUUAUAUAGCGCACAUAUCCUGUGCUCAAGGCGCUUUACAAUGUUUAUAUAAAAUGCAAUAUAUUAAGCUAAAAUUAAAUACAAUAAUACAAUCAAGCUACAUAACUAUAUAGUAAUAGAUAUAAUUCUAUUGUAAAUAUGAUUCUAAUAUACAUGAAACAGUAGGCAAACUUUAAAAUAACGGGCAAUCGUCAACAUAUUUAGUAAAAAGAGAGGUUUUCAGUCUUUUAUUAAAGUUUCCAACAGUGUUAAGGUUACGUAGGUCAUAUGGUAAACUGUUCCAAAGUCUUGGGGCCAGGUUCGAAAAUGCUCUAUCCCCAUAAGUUUUUGUAUAUGACCUAGGUUCUUUUAAUAACAAAUUUGAAACAGAUCUAAGUGAUCUGGAGUACUGUCUGUACUAGAGUUUCUCUCUUAAAUAGUCUGGUGCAUUAUCAUCAAGACAGUUAAAUACAAUGAAUAAAAUCUUGAAUAUAGAUCUA